AUGCUGACCAAACAGAGUAUCGAUCCUUUUAUUGACAAUCACGAUACCAAGAAAUUGGAUCCUUUGGUUGUCUUUGUCCAUUUCUUGAGUUCUGGUCAGCAAAACAUAAUCAUUAUUGACCGAUGGGACGACCCAACUAAUCCAAAACUGUACUUUGUCACAAUGGAAAUGGUCAAAAAUGACAUAAAAACAGAGAAUGAUAAAGUCGAAGCGUUACAAACGAUUUGUCAAGCAACACAAAAUCAAUUUGAGAAAAUAAUGACGACCGUUUUCGACAACCCCAGCCGAGCGCAUCAAUACGCAGAAGCAGGACAACACUAUAACGCAAGUCUUGAACUUCCUAAAGACUUUGACGGCGCUUCUAGUUCUAUAAAUUCCAAAUACAAAGAUUUGAUUGCAUUCAUCGAUGCUUGGGAGCAGAAUAACAAAGGUCGAAUGAAUUGGUCUGCCUGUUGGGAAGAUGGAAAGAAAAAAGGACAAGCAGAAACAGAGAAGAAAAUGUUGGUGUUUGAAAUAUCCAGCCCUUCUCCUACAAGACAUUUGAUGCUUAUCAUGUCCAAAGAUGCUCUCUUUGGACUCAAGAGCUUCCAAGGUUAUGAUAACUUCUACUUGUAA